UAAGGUAGUGGUUGUAGUGUUCAGAAUGAUAAGCAUCACUGAUAAGAACUAUUAAACACACAGUCAUUAUGUAAGUUAUGACCACAGACCUGCCGUCCAGCAAACGUGACAGAUAAGACAAGCAUUCACAUUUUAUUCUGUCAUGUUUUAGCUGAGAUAAGCUAUUUCUGUUUGAGUAAUGAGUUAUUUUGCUUUCAUUUUCAAAUUGUGACCACGCAUAUUCCCACAUUAAUAAUUGAGUCUGUGUACGUUGCAGCAUGAGAUUGCCUCUUUAGCCAUGUUUGACCACCUGGUUGAUGACAAUGGCUUGAAGCCGGUGAUGAAGCAGCACGGCCUGGUGCUGCCUGAGGACCUGGACUUCAUUAAGGAGCAGAUUGCUGGACCACAGGACACUAAAGCAGCUCAAGGCCAGAAGUGGCAGUACAAAGGCCGUCCAGAAGACAAGUCCUUCCUCUACGAAAUCGUGGCUAACAAGAGAAAUGGCAUUGAUGUGGAUAAGUGGGAUUACUUUGCCAGGGACUGCUACCACCUGGGCAUCCAGAAUAACUUCGAUUAUCGCCGCUUCCUGAAGUUUGCCAGGGUGUGUGAGGUGGACGGGCAGAAACACAUCUGUACUCGGGACAAGGAGGUGGGCAACCUGUACGACAUGUUCCACACAAGGAACUGUCUCCACAGAAGAGCCUAUCAGCACAAAGUGGGAAACAUCAUAGAGACCAUGAUCACAGAGGCCUUUUUAAAAGCAGAUCCGCACAUCCAGAUUGAAGGCUCAGGAGGGAAGAUCUUCACUCUCUCUACAGCCAUAGAUGACAUGGAGGCCUACAGCAAGUUGACAGAUCAUGUGUUUGAACAAAUCCUCCACUCGUCCUCCGUGGAGCUGGCUGAAGCGAGGCAGAUUCUGCGCAACAUCAUCUGUCGACGCCUCUACAAGUGUCUGGGCCAAACCCAGGCAGAGAAACCCCUGCAUGCCACUCAGGAGAUGAUUCACAACUGGGAAGCAGAAUUGGCUCAGACCAUCCCUCAGAGUGGCGCCUAUGACGUCAAUCUGAAGCCAGAGGACUUUGUAGUUAAUGUCAUUGUUAUGGACUAUGGGAUGAAGGAGAAGAACCCUGUCAACAAUGUGCGUUUCUAUUGCAAGGACGACCCAACUACAGCCAUCCAGAUUCGCAAGAACCAGGUGUCAAAACUUCUUCCAGAACAAUUUGCUGAGGAGCUGAUCAGGGUCUACUGUAAGAAGACGGAUGAUAAGAGUAUGGAUGCUGCCAAGAAGCACUUUGUCCAGUGGUGCAUGAACAAGAACUUCUCAAAACCUCAGGAUGGAGACAUAAUUGCACCUGAGCUGACCCCUCUGAAAGCCAGCUGGUCAAACAAAAAUGAAGGCCGAGGACGGCGAAGAUGGCGGCCCUAGAGAAGUAAAUGGCAUUAGAAUGAAUGGACAGAAAAAAGCCAAAACUCAGCUUUUUAAGUAAGAGAAAGAGAGCAAAGACCCCGCUGUUACACAUUUGGUAGAUGACAUAGCAUUGAGUGAAUAUUAUAUUUUUCUACAAGGUGAGUGUGUUGAUGAGCACAGCAAAGCUGAAAGGUUUUUACACCAAAAAAGAAAUGAUUUCAGCAUUUCAAAAAUGUCGAGGGCCUGAACUGAACUCAGGGUUUUUAGAAAAAUGAGAGAUUCAAUAUUCUUCAGUAUCAUACGCAUAUCGAUUUUGUUUGAUCAUUUUAAUUAGGCUUUUAUUUUAGACUCAUUUAGAACUGCAGGUGUCCCAUUUUUAAGUUGAAUUGUUGUAUACCAUGUGCUAAGCAACAGCCUAUCAAGCAUUUGAAUUAUGAACAAUAAAUCAUGGUCAGUUAAAAUAUUUUACUCUGAAACAGAAUAUGCACAUGAUAUAUUUCAGGAUAUACAGCAAAUGGGUUUCAGGGCAUUGUUUUAUUCAUCUUCCACAUAAGCUAAGGUUUUUUUUUAAACUGUCAAGCUUUCUAUAGAGGUAUUUCAAAUCUGCAGUCAAAAGUCACAGUUUCUGACCUUAAGGUGAGCAUUUAUUUUUAAUUGUGGAAGUAUUGGGAAAUUUGAUUUGAUCUUACUUUGAAUGUAUUUAUUUUUCUCUGGGUUUCUUGGUUUGAGUGUGUUAUUUAGUUAUUUAUUGUUCCUAUACUAAGUAGCACAGCUUGCAUAUUGCUGUCUCCACCUUACAGAUAUGUGCAGCAUCUUAAGCGGGGUUUUGGAUACCAUUUAAGAUGUUUUCCUCUAUUUCCAUUAACAUGAUGAAACCUCAUCAAACUUGCCUCAUAGCUGGUUGUUUUCUUGUGUUUGACUGUGAGAAAUAUUUUUGAAAGAAUGUAAAGGGAAAUCUACCAAAGGGUUUUGGGAGAUCCUGUAAAGGUUAUUCCUAUGGAAAGGGGCUAAAAAAGCUUGAAAAUAAAACUCUUUCUCUCA